UACAAAACAAAAUUCAGAUCAAUGAGUAGCAGUUGACGAGAAAGAAAAACCCUAAUAGAAGAGUAGAGAAAAAGGAGAGGGUUAAGAUCAGAGAAGAAACCAUGUUUCCAGGAAUGUUCAUGCGGAAGCCAGAUAAAGCUGCAGCACUUAAGCAGCUCAAGUCUCAUGUCGCCAUGUUCGGGGCAUGGGUUGUUGUUAUUCGAGUCACCCCUUACGUUCUUCACUUCCUCACCGCUGAGAAAGAGGAACUUAAGCUCCAACUUUAGCUUCUCCCUCUUCCUCUUUUGUGGGUCUUGAGGAGGUGUUCAGGAAUAUCUUGUCAUGAUGUUUUUCAUGUAACCCUCGAGUUUGAGAGGCCAUGAUAAAUUUAUUUUUCAUAUUCCCGUUACAUUUGGAAUAUCAAUUAUAUGGCGAGUAGAGGCUAUUGGAAAACAAUUUUUAUUGUAUCUUGAUCUACAGUAA